AUGUGUAGCGUGAUGAUGAACGGCGAGAUGUCGCCGUUCAUCGUCGUCAUCUACUUGGUGCCACGUCGCCAACAGCGACGUGGCAACCAAACGACGGACGACGAAAUCUCGUCGUCCGUCGUCUCUGCUUAUAUUAUCAUGGUGAGCAGGCACUCUGCCACGUCACGCAACCCCACCACUGCAGACAACCACAGCCGCCCAACACACGAACGACGACCUGCGCCUAUGAAAAACGACGACCAGCACACGCCAACACCCCAGAGCCACAAGCGACAGACGGACGACGACGAAAAUGCGCCGAGCGCUGCCAAAAAAAAAGAACGCCCACCAUCGUGA